UGCCUAUAAAUGUCUGAGAGUCCAGUACCCAUCUUCAGUCAUUCUUCCGCCAUUGAUCGAUUCGAUUCAAUUCGAUUCCUUGGUAUCAGAUCAUUCUUUCAUCCUCCUUCUUCCCGCGUCGGAUCACAGCCAUUUCCAACCAUCGCUUCUCCGAAUCCAUCCCAUUUCCCCUGAAAAACUCUCUGAACCACCACCGUGAUUCUUCGGAAACAUGACCGGCACCGCUGAUACAUGCAGUAGCAGUUCUCUCGCCAAACUCGCCCCAAUUCAAGCUGUCCUUUUCGAUGUUGAUGGAACUCUAUGUGACACAGAUCCAAUUCAUCAUCGCGCCUUUGUUGACCUGCUUCAGGAGAUCAACUACAACAAUGGGGAACCAAUAUCAGAGGACUUUUUCAUCAAGAAUAUUGCUGGAAAGCACAAUGAGGAAAUUGCAGAACUCUUUUUCCCAGAUGACAUACCUCGAGGCAUAAAGUUUAUGGUGGACAAGGAAACCUAUUUCCGGAAAUUGGCAGCUGAGCACAUUACAGCAAUAGAAGGCCUCUACAAAGUGACGAAGUGGAUCGAAGAUCAUGGCUUGAAACGCGCUGCAGUCACCAACGCUCCAAAACCCAAUGCUGAGCUCAUGAUCGCGAAACUUGGGCUAACAGAUUUCUUCCAGGCUGUCAUUCUGGGAGACGACUGUGAGCAUGCUAAGCCACACCCUGAACCUUACCAGAAAGCACUAGAGGUGCUCCAAGUGUCGAAGGAGCACACAUUCGUGUUUGAGGAUUCUGUAUCUGGAAUUAAAGCUGGAGUUGCAGCUGGAAUGCCGGUUAUCGGUAUAACCACGAGGAACCCUGAGGAUAUGUUGAUGCAAGCUAAGCCUACAUUUCUGAUCAAGAACUAUGCCGACCCCAAAUUGUGGGCUGCUCUUGAAGAAGUUGAUAAAGCCAUGGGAGCUGGUAAUGGAGCUUCAACUUGAAGAGGGAGGGACUGAUAUUGUUAGCAAUCAUAUGAUCAGCAUUCAAUAGUACUGUUACUUUCAUUUGACCAUAGCCCUGCCAUGCAAGCCCAGAUACAUUAUUGAUUACUUGAAAGAAUGAAUGUCGAAACUGGCUUCUAGCCAAAAUUAUUGUUAAAAGUGGUUAUUUCAACUUCAAUGUAAUAAAUUUAUGGCUUGGUUAUUUCUUAGUUACAUCUGUGAUUCUUGAUUACAUCU